UGGUGCCCGCUGGAACCAAACCCUCGCCCUCUGUAGCCGCAAGCCCUCAGAUAUUAACCAAAAAAUGCCGGGCCCCACAACCUGGAAAGAUUGGGGGCCCAGUUUCCGCUCCCCCUCUUUCCGCGAUAACUCUCCAGCCACGGGGCCGGGGCCGGGGCCCACACCCUCCUCCAUCAGCUAUGGACGGGUCUGAACUUCAGCAACAGGUACUUCCAGACAUCCAUGAGCAACCUCAAGACAAUUGUGCUGUUAAAGACCCUGUGAAAGAAGAACAGGUGGUGGAUAAACAGGUGGUGCCACUCAGGGAAAUCCUUGACUCCUCCUCUGAUGGUUCACACAAGAGUAACAACUCCAAGAAGGCCUCGAAGAAUCGCAGGACCUGCUGCUGUUGCAGCAUCUCCAGCUGUUGCUCCUGCUGCCUCAACUGCUGCAAAUGCUCCUCUUGCUGUCCUAACUGCUGUAGCUGCUCCAACUGCUGCAAAUGCUCCUCUUGCUGUCCUAACUGCUGUAGCUGCUCCAACUGCUGCAAAUGCUCCUCUUGCUGUCCUAACUGCUGUAGCUGCCCCAACUGCUGCACAUGCUCCCCUUGCUGCCCUAACAGCUGUAGCGGCCUCAACUGCUACAAAUGCUCCUCCUGCACCAACUGCUGUAGCUGCUCCCCCUGUUGCUCCUGCUGCAGCACAUGCUCCUCUUGCUGCCCUAACUGCUGUCGCUGCCCCAACUGCUGCAGAUGCUCUUCCUGUUGCACCGACUGCUGCAGCUGUUCUUCAUUCUGCAGCUGCCUCAAAAGUUGCUGCUGCUCCUGCUGCCGUUGCCUCAAAGUCUGCUGCUGCACCUGCUGCAGCUGCCUCAAAUGCUGUUGCCGCUGCCUCAAAUCCUGCUACCGCUGCGUCAAAUGCUGUUGCUCUUGCUGCUGCUGACAGCUGUGGCUUGGAUUUUAGCCAAUUCUUGUACCCUCUCAAGCAUAAAUUUUGUAUUCUCAUUGUUAACUUUUGAAGGCUUUUUCCAUUGUAUUAUACUCAAUCAGCUUUUUCAGCACCUUUCCAACCAA